GGCGAUCACGUUUUCACAUGAUGCUCACGCUCAGGGCGCUUCAAUUAUCCCUCCCCACAAAGAUAGGUGGCGCGUGUUUCAGGGUCUCUCUCUCUCCUACAGAAAAGAAAAAGAAAAAAAUGUCAUUAGAAGAGGCGUAACACGUCAGUCCGUCCCCAGGUUUGUGUUUCCUGGAGUGGCCGAAAGAGAUCAGUUCUAACCUGCUCCGCAGGAAUAACGGUCCUGCCUCCCGACACUCUUGGCGAGGUUUUGUACAGUUUGCUCCGGGAGCUGUUUCUUCGCUUCCACCUUUUUCUUCCCCACACUUCGCGGCUUCUUCAUGCUUUUUCUUCUCACCAUUUCUGGCCAAAACUACAAACAGGACUUCGCAGAUCGAGCCUGCGUGCUGCCGAAGCAGGGCGCCGAGUCCAUGCGAACUGCCAUCUGAUCCGCUCUUAUCAAUGAAGCAGCCGAUCAUGGCGGAUGGCCCCCGGUGCAAGAGGCGCAAACAAGCCAAUCCCAGGAGGAAAAACGUGGUGAACUAUGACAAUGUAGUGGACACGGGUUCUGAGACAGAUGAGGAGGACAAGCUGCAAAUUGCUGAGGAGGACGGGAUUGCUAACCCUCUGGACCAGGAGAGGAGUCCAGCUGGCAUACCCAACCAUGAGUCCUCCCCACACGUGAGCCAAGCUCUGUUGCCAAGAGAGGAAGAGGAAGAUGAGAUAAGGGAGGGUGGAAUGGAACAUACCUGGCACAGCAACGACAUUCUGCAAGCCUCUGUAGAUGGUCCAGAAGAAAUGAAGGAAGACUAUGACACUAUGGGGCCAGAAGCCACAAUCCAGGCCGCAGUUAACAAUGGUACAGUUAAGAAUGCAAAUUGCACAUCAGACUUCGAGGAAUACUUUGCCAAAAGAAAACUGGAGGAACGCGAUGGCCAUGCAGUCAGCAUUGAGGAGUACCUUCAGCGCAGUGACACAGCCAUUAUUUACCCAGAAGCCCCCGAGGAGCUGUCUCGCCUUGGCACGCCAGAGGCCAAUGGGCAAGAAGAAAAUGACCUGCCACCUGGAACUCCAGAUGCUUUUGCCCAACUGCUGACCUGCCCCUACUGCGACCGGGGCUACAAGCGCUUGACAUCACUGAAGGAGCACAUCAAGUACCGCCACGAGAAGAAUGAAGAGAACUUUUCCUGCCCUCUUUGUAGCUACACGUUUGCCUACCGCACCCAGCUCGAGCGGCAUAUGGUGACGCACAAGCCAGGGACAGAUCAGCACCAAAUGCUGACCCAAGGAGCAGGUAAUCGCAAGUUCAAAUGCACAGAGUGCGGCAAGGCCUUCAAGUAUAAACACCAUCUGAAAGAACACCUGCGAAUUCACAGUGGUGAAAAACCAUACGAGUGCCCAAACUGCAAGAAACGUUUCUCCCAUUCUGGUUCCUACAGUUCACACAUCAGCAGCAAGAAAUGUAUUGGUUUGAUCUCUGUAAAUGGCCGAAUGAGAAAUAAUAUCAAGACGGGUUCUUCCCCUAAUUCUGUUUCUUCUUCCCCUACUAAUUCAGCCAUUACCCAGUUAAGAAACAAAUUGGAGAAUGGAAAACCACUUAGUAUGUCUGAACAAACAGGCUUACUGAAAAUUAAAACAGAACCACUAGACUUCAAUGACUAUAAAGUUCUUAUGGCCACACACGGGUUUAGCGGCACUAGUCCCUUUAUGAAUGGUGCACUUGGAGCCACCAGCCCUCUAGGAGUUCAUCCGUCUGCUCAGAGUCCAAUGCAGCACUUAGGUGUAGGGAUGGAAGCCCCUUUACUUGGAUUUCACACAAUGAAUAGUAAUUUAAGCGAGGUACAAAAGGUUCUACAGAUUGUGGACAAUACGGUUUCCAGGCAAAAAAUGGACUGCAAGGCUGAAGAAAUUUCAAAGUUGAAAGGUUAUCACAUGAAGGAUCCAUGCUCUCAACCUGAGGAACAAGGAGUUACCUCUCCUAAUAUUCCACCUGUAGGUCUUCCAGUAGUGAGUCAUAAUGGUGCCACUAAAAGUAUUAUUGACUACACAUUAGAAAAAGUCAACGAAGCCAAAGCUUGCCUCCAGAGCUUGACUACUGACUCAAGGAGACAGAUCAGUAACAUAAAGAAAGAGAAGCUACGUACUUUAAUAGAUUUGGUCACCGAUGAUAAAAUGAUUGAGAACCACAACAUAUCCACUCCAUUUUCAUGCCAGUUCUGUAAAGAAAGUUUUCCUGGCCCCAUUCCCUUGCAUCAGCAUGAACGUUACCUUUGUAAGAUGAAUGAAGAGAUCAAGGCAGUCCUGCAACCUCAUGAAAACAUAGUCCCCAGCAAAGCCGGAGUUUUUGUUGAUAAUAAAGCCCUCCUCUUGUCAUCUGUACUUUCUGAGAAAGGAAUGACAAGCCCCAUCAACCCAUACAAGGACCACAUGUCUGUACUUAAAGCAUAUUAUGCUAUGAACAUGGAGCCCAACUCUGAUGAACUGCUGAAAAUUUCCAUUGCUGUGGGCCUUCCUCAGGAAUU